AUGGACGAUAAGGGCGUCUCGAUCGGCACGAACGUCGCGCUUUGGAAGGCUGUCGCCGCCGGGGAGAGAUCCGCGGACGGGAAGCCGUUGUGGUAUAAGAAGGGCAUCGAAUACUGGGACGCGGUGCCCGCGACGGACGACGGCGUUUUAGGGGGGUACGGGCACGUCUCCGAGCAGGACGCGAAGGACAACACCGCGUUCUUGAAGAGCACGAUGGCGGACGCGCUGAAGGAGAAGGAGAACGGGACGAGGAAGCUCGUCGCGUGCGACUGCGGCGCCGGAAUCGGGCGCGUCACGUCGUCGUUUUUGAUUCACAACUUCGACGAGGUCGACCUCGUGGAGCCGGUGAAGCACUUCAUUCGCAAGGCGGAGGAGCUCUUGAGCGGACAGAGCGCGCCGACGAGGUACAACGGACACAAGGCGGUGAACUUCUUCGCGGAGCCGCUGGAGAGCUUCACCCCGGAGGCGGGAAGGUACGACGUGAUCUGGGUGCAGUGGUGCGUCGGGCACCUCACGGACGACGACUUCGAGGCGUUCUUCAGGCGCUGCGCGAUCGGUCUGAAGCCCGGGGGGAUGAUCUACGUGAAAGAGAACAACGUGAAAGACGGGUUCGUGUUGGACACGGACGACAGCAGCCUGACGCGGUCGCACAAGUACUUCACGCAUCUGUUCGAGGACCGAUGCGGUUUCGAGAUCGUGAAACACAAGCUUCAGACGAAGUUCCCGCAAGAGCUGUUCCAGGUGAGGAUGUACGCGGUCAGGCCCAGGCCGGCGACGUGA